CACCUUUAGCGUACAAAAACAAGAAUUUCCAAGAAAUAUGCAUUUUUUGGGACUGUGAUCAAGCUUUGUGGACAUCAUUUGUCAACACAAGCAAAUAGACCACAAUGGUUUUAGAGCCACUAUCCAGCAGUAAGGCUGGUACCAUACGCUCUCUGCUCAUCCGAGCAUGGCGGGAGAGAUGGUCAGACCUCCAGUGGGGCAUUCACAUCAAAACGGUGCUGCCUCGUGCUGUGAGUGGAGACAUCUACCAUUUAGCCGACUACAUUCUCCAACAAGCGCUCAUGGGACCGCUACCAAAUAAUCUCAUUCUUUCAUAUCUGAGGCAUUCCCUCAGUUCACAGAUUGUAUCAUAUGGUGGUGUGAUUGAGAGCAUCAGCAAGUAUGAUGGCCUGCACAAGCCUCAUUGUGUUCAUGCUCUGCUUGAUCUCAUGCAGUCUAUGAUGAAAAGUGUAUCAUGUAGAGGAAAGCCAGAAGACUGUCUUGUUCUGGCUACUUCUAUUGUUGGUGGGGUUAAAUGGUUGAUACAGGUUAUGGGGUGGUCAACACAGCAGCUGCUGGAUCUGCGUAAUGCCCCCGAACUCUCUGCCAACCUCAGCCUUGCUGCAUCAAUUUUGCAUGAAAUCCUGAACUGCACAUUCCUUACCUGCAUGUUGGAAAUUGGCCGAAGAGAAGAACCAGGAACCUGGAGUACCUGCAUGAAGAAGAUGACUGAAGUAGAGACUCUUUUGGCCGGUGCUGGGACAAUUAUUGAAAACAAGGAUAUUCUCAUCAAAACCGUUUGUCAACUACGUGACAUCCAGCCCUUGGACAGUAUAGGCAGUAAGCACAAAUUUGAUAGCACUUCAGUUCCAUUGUGCCAUGCAAUGCACAGUCUAGUGAUGUUGGAAGUGAUCACACAUACCACACGGGAUGCUGCAACAUUUGCUCAUCAGCUUCUUCUUCUGCAACAACUUCAGGGUCUCACCACAAUGCAACUGUAUUUAGAAUUGUUGAGAUCAAGUUUCCUUGGACUGAGCUGUCCUGAGCACCAGGCAUACCAAGAAUUGAAGUGGGUCGGAUUCACCUUCAUCAAAGUUCCAACAAUUUUAUAUACCAUCCAUGUUAUGCUGAAUGGAGAAAAUGCCACAGGAGAAUCUGAAGAUUUACUAACAGCAGUUCAGCGUUUGGCACAAUUAACAAUACUGUUAGACCAAGUUGACUCUAGAAUCAACUGUAAUUGUCUUGAAUACCUUCUGAAUGAACUUUGUAACAAGACCAGCUUGAUAUCUGAAAGAGAUGCCCAAGAAAUCAUUACAAAAAGGGUAAAGGAAUCCAAUGUCCUGUCCAAUAUUCAGAAGAAUGAUGCCCAAGGCUCUCAUCCCGGUAAUCCAAACCUUAUCCUCCGUGCCCAGCCUACUGUCACCAGUAUAUUAAAGACACUCAGUAAUAAGAAUCAGGAAUCUGUUUUACCUGUCAUGAAUUUGCUGAUUAGUGGGAAGAGUCGAGAUCUUCUGCUGGUUGCAGCUGCUGCCUCUGGCAGUCUUCAUAUAUUUGCACAGAAGUUUGUCAAAUUUAAUGAAGUCAGUAUGGAUCCUCAGCCUGGAGAGACUUCCAAAAUGGCUAUCAACCGUGCUCUGAUGUUUGAUAUUUCCUUCCUCUUGUUAUGCCAUAUUGCACAACUUUAUGGCAUUGAUGUGGUUGUAUCAGAAAAGUGUGAGACUUUUGUAGAACAGUGGAUGAAGGAGAACAUGCCGGAAUUAGGCCGUGUGAAAGCACCAUUGAUGACCACUCGCACAGACCAAAAUGCUGUUGAGGACUUCAUUAGACAAGUCAAUGUUACAGACCUUGAUUUGAAGUACAAUAUGGUGCCAUGGAGUGAGUUAUGUCAGGUAGCAGCAGUUGCAUUUAGGGAAGUGGUGAGUGCUGCUCAACAAGGAGCAGUACCAAUACAGCGUGUGAAAGAGUUGCUUGACCGUCUUCGAUAUCACUUGUGCUGUCUUCCCAUUUGUGUGGCCACUUGGCUCUGUUCCCAUGUGCAGGUUGUGGAUGGAGAGCAAGCAGUCCAGCCACUUAGCUUUUUAAACUACCUUCUGACUUCUUUUAAUGAUCACGAUGCUUCUGUACCAACUCUUGAAAAUUUCAAGGAUAGAUCUACAUUAAUGGUGCAGAUUGUCGAAAAUAUGGCACAGGUAAUGAAAGGAGGAGCACAACCAGCAGUUAACAAUGAUUCCAUGAACAACAGCAGUUCAGGGAAAAGCCUCCAGAAAGAAGAAAGUACGAACUCACUCCUCUCAUCCCAGGAACCUCUGUCAAACCUGCUGAGAGAAACAUGGAAGCAAGUAUUCCCGGGAGGAGUCAUGCUCUUGGGAAAUGGGGGGGGGGGUUUUGGUGACCAAAAGAGAAAAAUUCUACCAGUUAUAGACAGCUCAGCCACAAUCACUAUAAGUAGCGAAGACCAUGCAGAAUGUGGUUCUCUAUGCUUUCAGACUGGGAUGCAGAGUGUUUUCAAGUCAGAUUUGGCACGGGCAGUUGAUCUCAUCUAUGCCCUUUUACACCAAGAUGUGGUUGGUUGCACUCUGAGCUUAUUGGUCCAUGCUCUGCCCAUGUACAUAUCUGGGCCUUGUUCAGCUGAUUUGCUUAGUGAACCUAGAACACAUGCUCUGGCCCAUCUUGCCGUUAUGAUGAUCAUAUCUGCUUGGUUGGCUGUUCAGCAACCUCCCGUUAAGCCUGAGCCAGGGAGUACAAUGAGUAUGGUAAUGGGAGCCACACCUGGAGGUCCUAGCAACUACAGAAAGCGUACCUAUCAUGAUCGCAUACUGGAUGACCUUGAAUCAAGCUUGCAGGCACAUUCUGUAGAGUUGGCAAUUGCCAGAGGUACUCCAGGGUUGACAAAAGAUGGGACAUCACUUCUGGUUGCUGUACAGUCACUACUCUUACUCAUGACACAGGUUAGCCGUGCAGGUGUUGUGAGUCCAGUAACUAGGCUUGUUGUUAACAUUCUACAUGAGCUCAUAGCUGCCCCAUACAGCCACACCCUCCUCACCCUGACUCCUCCUGCAUUACUGCCUAAUUUGGUGCCUCUCCUGUCACCACCGGAUGCUUUCACAUAUGCUGAAUUGUUGGCAAUCACUGCUCCCAAGCCCACCUGUCAGUCUGGCCUGGCCAAGGAUUUCAUUGGUGAUUUCAUUGGUGCCCAAACCCCGGCCCAGGCUGCUGGAGCAAGAAGAGCAGCAGCCAAGCUCCUCUGUGUUCAGCGGAACCUGGCCUUGGCUAAUGAAUCUUUCACAGAACUGACUCUGUGAGGAUGCGAAAUGUCUUGAAAUGUGUUUAGGAUUUUAUAAGGUAUUUUUAUAUGACUGAAGGAAGAAGUGAAAUUGAUCUGCAGCAAGAGAGGGAAAAAGAUGAAGGUGCUGGAUGACGUGAGUGUAUAUAAGUAUGAAAUAUGAUUUGAUAAUGGAUUCUCAGCCAAGGCCCAAGGUUCUGUUACCACUCAUCAUAGAUAUUCUGUAUAGAAACAAUAUUCCAGUCAAGAGCUUUGUUAAUUUAAUACAAAAGGUAGAAAAUGCAGUUUAUAGGUAAAUAGUAUGAGUUGAAAAAAGCUGUGCAACAAUAAUGGAAAAGAGCAGUCUUGCUCUGCAUCAUUUUAUUUGUGUUUUGAAAAUCAGUUAUCAUUAUUGACAGGCCAGAAAUAUUGCUCAUAGGUGAUACUGUUUACAUUUAUUCAUAUUUUCCUGAAAAUUUGAAUGAAAGCUCUAAAAGAGCAUCGAGUGUAUUGUGUAAUAUUGUUUCUUUUUAUUAAAGGAUUU